CACCGAGCGGAAACUGUCUGAGUCUGUAGGGAAGAACAACAUGGAACAGGACCAGACCCGGAUCAAAGAGGACAACCAGGACCCGGCCUCAACGGGCCAGACCCGGAUCAAAGAGGAGAACCAGGACCCGGAUUUGACGGGCCAGACCCGGGUCAAAGAGGAGAACCACGACCCGGCCUCAACGGGCCAGUCCAGGAUCAAAGAGGAGAACCAGGACCCGGUUUUUAUGGACACGGAUCUCUACAAGAUCGUGAUUAAAGAGGAGAACCAGGAAACGGACCAGUUUAACAUCGUGAUCAAGGAAGAAAUCCAGGACCCGGAGUAUGAGCAGACCGGACUGGAGGAGGAGAACCAGGAGCAGUUCAGAGCUCAGGACUCAAUGGUGACGUCAGAACCUAUUAAAGAUAGUGAUGAUAAACACAGACAGCCGGAUGUCCAUCACAACAAAGAGCGGAAACACGGGUGUGCACAAUGUGGGAACAGUUUCACAACAGCCAGUCACCUCAAAACCCAUCAGCGUGUGCACACCGGGGAGCGGCCGUACAGCUGUGGUCAGUGCGGGAAAUCCUUCACAGAUUCGUUUCGAUUGAAAACGCAUCAGCGCGUCCACACGGGAGAGAGGCCGUACCACUGUGACGAGUGCGGGGCCGCCUUCAGCCGCUCCUGUUACCUUCAAAUCCACCAACGCAUCCACAGCGGAGUCAAACCCUACAGGUGUGACCAGUGUGCCAAAGCUUUUGCGACGUCCAGUAAGUUGACGGUCCACCGACGCAUCCACACCGGAGAGAAACCGUACGAAUGUGACUUCUGUGGGAAGGCCUUCGCGAUUCCAAGCAGUUUAAAAAGUCACUUACGCAUCCACACCGGAGAGAAGCCGUACGUCUGUGCUGAGUGCGGCAAAGGCUUCAGUCGCUCCAGUAUCCUGAAGAUGCACCAACGUGUCCACAGCAGCUAGUUUGUUCCACAGCAACAGACGGCGGAAUGAUGGAUAACUUGGAUAACACACAAUGAUGUAUGAGUGGGAGUUUGUGGAGACCUGUGUACUCACUUGCAAACACACAACACACCCGACAAAGAAAUACAUCAGUUCUACUAAAUUAUGCUUCAGAAACAAAAAGCCUUCCACAUUUAUACAUGUACAAACAAAUAUAUUCUACCAGAACAACACAAAAAAUAUCACCUGACUUUUGUUGCUUCUGCUGUUUUCUAUCUGCAUUACUUUGUUAAUGUUUUUAAACCACAGUUUGUGUUUGUUAAGUUUUGUUAUGAAUUUAUCUUUACCUCGGGGCUUCACACAUGGUUAGGGUUAGGACUGCAGCUAGCGCCACCUGGAGGUCGUCCGGAUCAUACGUGAGUGUGAGUUAAAUUAUUUAGCUUCGUUUUUUGUGAUUGAAAUGUGAAAAUGUAUCUGAAUAAAAACCUGAACAUGAAUAAAAAUACCUGUUUAUA